AUGGGUGGCUGCUGCUCCACGGAAAACCCUGAGGACACCCCACCAGAUGCCGCCGCCACCGGCGCCUCAGGUGACUCCGUAAAGGCAACGUACACCAUCGGGAAGGAGCUGGGGCGAGGGCAGUUCGGCGUGACGUAUCUCUGCACGCACAAGCAAACCGGGGAACAGUUUGCGUGCAAGACGAUCGCGAAGAGGAAGCUGGCGAACAAAGAAGACAUAGAAGACGUGCGGAGGGAGGUACAGAUCAUGCACCACUUGACGGGGCAGCCUAACAUAGUGGAGCUGAAGGGGGCGUUUGAGGACAAGCACUCGGUGCAUCUGGUGAUGGAGCUGUGCGCCGGCGGGGAGCUUUUCGAUCGGAUCAUUGCCAAGGGGCAUUACACGGAACGCGCCGCCGCAUCGCUGCUGAGGACGAUCGUGCAGAUUGUGCAUACGUGUCACUCCAUGGGGGUCAUUCACAGGGAUCUUAAGCCCGAGAAUUUCUUGCUGUUGAAUAAGGAGGAGAGUGCGCCGCUUAAGGCCACCGAUUUCGGGCUUUCCGUCUUCUAUAAAGAUGGAGAAAUUUUUAAAGACAUUGUGGGGAGUGCAUAUUAUAUUGCUCCUGAAGUCUUGAAGAGAAAGUACGGACCUGAGGUAGACAUUUGGAGUAUCGGUGUCAUGCUCUACAUUCUUCUUUCUGGUGUUCCACCUUUCUGGGCAGAGUCGGAGACUGGCAUAUUCAAUGCUAUUUUGCGUGGACAUCUUGAUUUCACAAGUGACCCGUGGCCCUCCAUCUCGCCUGGAGCGAAGGACCUUGUCAGGAAGAUGCUGAAUUCAGACCCCAAGCAGAGGCUGAGUGCAUUCCAAGUGCUAAAUCAUCCGUGGAUCAAGGAGGACGGAGAGGCACCUGAUGUGCCCCUUGAUAAUGCUGUGCUGAACAGGCUCAAGCAGUUCAGAGCUAUGAAUAAGUUUAAGAAAGUUGCACUAAGGGUUAUUGCUGGCUGCCUGUCAGAAGAGGAAAUCAUAGGACUGAAAGAAAUGUUCAAAAGCAUGGACUCCGAUGGUAAUGGUACAAUUACGCUUGAGGAGCUAAGGCAAGGAUUGGCCAAGCAAGGAACGAAGCUAUCUGAAUAUGAAGUGAAACAGUUGAUGGAAGCUGCUGAUGCUGAUGGAAAUGGCACUAUCGACUAUGAAGAGUUCAUCACGGCAACAAUGCAUAUGAACAGAAUGGACAGAGAAGAGCAUCUUUACACAGCUUUCCAGUAUUUCGACAAAGACAAUAGCGGAUACAUAACUAUAGAAGAACUAGAGCAGGCUCUAAGAGAAUUUGGCAUGGGCGACGGGAAGGACAUAAAGGAGAUUGUCAGUGAAGUUGAUACUGAUAACGAUGGCCGGAUCAACUACGACGAAUUUGCAGCAAUGAUGAAGAAAGGAAACCCCGAAAUAGUAGCAAACACCAAGAAAAGAAGAAGUGGUGUCUUCGUUUAAUAGUUUCCAAAAGGCCAACAUAAGGAGAAGAUGAACUUUGUUCUUUAUGUACUAUAUAGGACCUCAAUUUCUUCAUUGAGGCAACGCCAAAUGUUCUGCAGAUCCCAGAGAUAUUAAUGUGAUAGGCUUUAAGCAUAAAUCCUGUAGCUUUAUCUAUAAAAAAAAAAA